GUCAAACUGGAUCGGGCACCUUUUAAGGAAAUGAAUCUUCCAGCGCAAAGGUGUGUUCUCACUUUUUUCAGCAGGAGCUUCAGUGGAUAAGCUACACCAUUAGGGCAUUUGAUUUACACAUUUAGGUCAGGAAGUGCAGAAGAAUGUGUGUUCAGUCUGUCCGUGAGUCAGUGGAAAAUCUAAAACAUUAAGGAGAAUCCAGAGCGAGAUCAAGACCGCAGCUCAUGAACUGAUAAGGUUCUGACUUCAAGUUCCGGCUAACUCGGGUAAAAGAUGGAAACUAAACUUUCAUCAGGACGUUCUCAGCAUCUCCUGCUGAUUCUCUUUCUGCUUUUUUGUUUCGGAGGAGUAUUCUAUACCUACUACAAGCCAAUGAAAAACUUGCUCUCCUGCCCUAAUGUUCCAGCCUCCAAACAUGAAGUCUGCACAGAUCAAUGCCUCAUUGCAUUUAUAGAAAACUUUACCCAGAGUACAAACACCACCGGCAAUCUUAACUACACUUUGCUAAAGCAAAAUCAAGCUCUCCUGGAAAACAAUGAAGAAAAUCAGAACCUUGACACCAUCAUGUUAAUCUGGUCAUGGCCUUUUGGUUUUAAAUUUGAUGUAAAAGGCUGUAGUCCACAGUUUGGUAUUAAAGGUUGUCAAAUUACUGAUGACAGAAGCCAAUAUCACAAAGCCCAUGGUGUUAUGUUUCAUCACAGAGAUAUUGGUGGUGAUUUACCAAACCUGCAGAAAAAGCCACGACCUCCACACCAGAAGUGGGUGUGGAUGAACUGGGAGUCUCCUGAUAAUUCAGCUAGACGUAAUGAGGCAGAUCAUUUAUUUAAUCUUACAGCAAAUUAUCGGAAAGAUUCAGACGUCUGGGUGCCUUAUGGGAGAAUUUUAGAAGCAUCUGAGCAGGACAAACCCUUUGAAAUACCACCAAAGGAUAAACUUGUCUGCUGGAUUGUCAGUAACUGGAACCCCAACUUAAAGAGAGUUAAAUAUUUUAAUGAACUGAGCAAACACAUCAAAGUAGAAGCUUACGGUAGACACUUCAACAGGUAUGUUAAUAAUGAAGAUUAUAAUAAGAUUUUAUCAAGCUGUAAAUUCUACUUAUCAUUCGAGAACUCCAUCCACAAAGACUACAUCACCGAAAAACUGUUUAAUCCUCUGAAAUUCGGCACGGUUCCUGUGGUUCUCGGUCCACCCAGGGAGAACUAUGAGGAAUUCAUUCCAGCAGAGUCAUUCAUUCACGUGGACGAUUUCAAAUCCCCUCAAGAACUGACAGAACAUCUCACACUUCUGGACAAAGACCAGAAGAUGUAUGAACGGUACUUCACCUGGAGACAAUAUUUUACUGCUGUAGGUGGAGUUUUUGGUCUAGAACACGCUUGCCGAAGUUGUGAUUAUAUAAGAAACUAUAAGGGCUACAGAGUAUUUAAAAAUCUCAAUAAAUGGUAUUGGGGUUAGCUAGCAUGACACCAGAUUGAACUUUUGAUUGGGGACCCUGUAAAUCCCACCAUUCUUCCAAAUAUUUGAGUUUUUCCAGAUCAAGACACUUGAUCUAAUUUUCUCUGCAGUCACUGUAGCAUAAAUUACUUUCAUUAAGAUUUUCAUCUAUUCUUUUAAUGGUACAUAAUAUUGAUCCUGCAAUUUUAUGCCCAGGACAGCAUCACUGAUGAUAAUGAAUGUUAACCAAUAGCGAAGCAUUCACAUUCUAUACACUUCUAUUCUAUUUUCCCCCUGUGCUUUAAUGUUGCUUUAUUUCUAUUUUGAUCUGCAAUACAACCUACAAAACAACUAACUGAACCAACACUAGUGAGACAGUUAAGAUAUAUAAUAAUAAUAAUAAUAAGUAGGUAAAUCAAUCAACAAAUCAUAGGCAGCCACCUUCCUUGUUAAGAAUGUUUAUGGGCACUGCCAUAAUGCACCGGUGAGAUGAUAAAAAUUUAUUUCUGUGUAAUCUGGUUCACAUUUACAUGGUACAUGUUGACAUUAUUCAAACUGUGUUUGGUGUUUUUCUAUCCCGAGCUCAGGUUUCUGUCUGUGUGGUAAUUCAUGUUUCCUCUCUUAUUUUAUUUCCGGAUUUGUGCCCAGUGACAAACUUUGUAUGCACUGCAAACAGGACAUUGUUUACUGAAGAUUAGUGAAUAAAUAAUAACUCUCAUUUCAUAGCGAAUCCAGACACCCUUAGAUUCAGUUGAGAGAGUUUACCCAUAAAGAUCUAAAGAUAAAGACAUUUUGUUAUUUAUUUAUUUAUUUAUUCAGUUCUUGCAUACAAUUUACGAUGUGUUCAUUAAAGUGAGCAGAGCCACUGUACAAGCCAUAAAACUGAA